CUCGACUGUAAACAGAUGUACGAACUACGAACAAACUGUGAAUAUAAAUUACGCCGGCAUACAUUCUCAUUCUCACUGUACUCUUUUUUUUCCCCCCUGUCUCCGCCUAUUGUAGGAGUGAACGCCAUGUCUAAAGAGGUGACAGCCAGUAACGCCCUGUCCAAGCGCUCCCUCAUGCCCGACCGCCAGGUUGACAGCCCACCCAAGAGGCCCAAGUCCAACGAGGCAAAGAUCUCCGUCAGCGAGCAGGUCCAGCAGUGUCCGUACUGCAAUUACAGCAGCAAAGACGCCAACCGCAUGCAGCUUCAUGUGAUGUCCCAGCACUCGAUGCAGCCGGUGAUCCGCUGCCCACUGUGCCAGGACGUCCUGAGCAACAAGAUUCAUCUGCAGCUGCAUCUCACCCACCUGCACAGUGUGGCCCCAGACUGUGUGGAGAAACUGAUCAUGACCGUGGUCGGACCUGACACAAUGCCAACGCCAAACAAUAUAAUGCAUCCCGCUCCUGGACAAGAGAAGGCUCUUGCUUUGAUGGACACCCUCCCUGCCCUCUCUGAGGGCCCCGGGAAGUCUCAAGGAAACAACUCAAAGGAUGAACUGAUGCUCACCCAUGAGAAAACUGAAAUGGACCAGGCGGAAGAGCUGAAGCCCCCCAAGGAGGCCACUGAGGCCCCGGACUGGAAGAGGACCAGCGGGCACGGACACGAGAGCAAGUCCCCGGACAGCCUGCAGGACCAUCUCAACGAGCUCCAACGGCUCCAGCAGCAGCAGCAGCAGCUCUCAGUCUCUGACCGGCACGUGUACAAGUAUCGAUGCAACCACUGCAGCCUGGCCUUCAAGACCAUGCAGAAGCUUCAGAUCCAUUCCCAGUACCACGCCAUCCGAGCCGCCACCAUGUGCAGCCUUUGCCAGCGCAGCUUCAGGACCUUUAUGGCCCUGAGGAAGCACUUGGAGAACGGCCACCCUGAGCUGAGCGAGGCGGAGGUCCAGCAGCUCAUCGGAAGCCUGCCGGUGAACGGAGACAUUACCGAGAGUGAAGCGAGGGCCUUGGAGGAAGCUCAGGCCUUCGAACACGACUUGGACAAAGACGACGAGAUGGACCAAGAGGAGAAGCCCAGUCCUACAGGAAGUGACAGCAGCUCCUUGCUAGACGAAAUGGGAGCAGAACCAAAACGUACCCUACCCUUUAGAAAGGGGCCAAACUUUACAAUGGAGAAGUUUUUAGACCCUUCCCGACCCUACAAGUGCACAGUUUGCAAAGAGUCUUUUACUCAAAAGAAUAUACUGCUAGUCCACUAUAAUUCAGUUUCUCACCUGCACAAGCUAAAGAAGGUCCUGCAAGAAGCCUCAAGCCCAGUACCACAAGAAACAAGCAACAGCAUUGACAACAAACCGUUCAAAUGCAAUAUCUGCAACGUUGCCUACAGCCAAAGUUCAACCCUUGAGAUUCACAUGAGGUCCGUGCUACACCAGACCAAAGCCAGAACAGCCAAAAGCGAAAGCAGCAGCGGCAUCUCCGGAACUAGUGGCCCAGUGCCAGCAAAGAGCCCAGCGCCAUCCGCGCAAGGGUCCAGCAACAACCAAGACAGUGCUAGGAGUGGAACACCUUCUGCCAACAAAGAAAACUCAGUGGAAGCCAAAGAAAGUAACAGCAGCAGCAACAGCAACGCGAAACAAAGCACGACUACUGAUCACGUCUCGGCUCAGGCGAGCAGUCACCAGACCGCUCAGUCCAAUGCCCAGCUACAGAUGCAGCUCCAGCACGAGCUCCAGCAGCAGGCUGCCUUCUUCCAGCCUCAGUUCCUUAACCCGGCAUUCUUCCCCCAUUUCCCCAUGACUCCAGAGUCACUGCUGCAGUUCCAACAGCCCCAGUUCCUCUUCCCCUUUUACAUCCCGGGAGCAGAGUUCAACCUUAGCCCAGAGAUGGCGCUACACUCUGCAGCUGCGUUUGGCAUGCCUGGCCUCACUGGAUCGUUCCUGGAGGACUUGAAGCAGCAGAUGCAGCAGCAGCACGUGAUGCAGCAGGCUCAGCAACAGGCUCAGCAACAGCAGCAGCAGCAACAGCAGCAGCAACAACAGCAGCAGCAGCAUCAACAGCAGCAACAAGCCAACCAGAAUCACCUUCAGCAGCAAAAGAACCUGCAGAUGCAGAACCACAAAACCAAAAUGGAGCCUAGCGCUGUGUCUGUAUCUGACAUCCAAAUGUCCAGGGAGGCAGAAGAGCACCAUGAGAAACAUGAGGGCAGAGCAAAGACAGACAACGGAGGCGAGGCAGUCAAUGAUGGAGGAAAAGACAGCAAAGAGUCCAAAAAGUCCAAGUUCUCCGAGCCUUCAAUUCCCCCCCCGCGUAUCGUGUCAGGAGCUAGAGGAAACGCCGCCAAGGCCCUUUUGGAGAACUUUGGAUUUGAACUUGUUAUCCAGUACAAUGAGAACAGACAGAAAAACCAGAGGAAGAACAAAGAAGGAGGUGAACAAGUGGAGAUCAACAACGACAAGCUGGAGUGUGGCAUGUGCGGGAAACUCUUCUCUAACAUGCUGAUUCUCAAAAGCCACCAGGAGCACGUUCACAGCCAAUUUUUCCCCUAUGUUGAGCUUGAGAAGUUCGCCCAGCAGUACAGAGAGGCUUAUGACAAACUCUACCCCAUUAACCCUGCCUCACCUGAGACUCCCCCACCACCACCUCCUCCUCCGCCACCACCACCUCCCGCACCUGCACCGGUUACGGCUCCUCAGCCUCCACCGGCAUCGAUGAACAAACCACAAACCCCAGCGCCAUCACCUGUACCUGUUCAACAUCAGGUCUCACACCAGCCUUCCCACCAGGUGUCCCCACCCCAACCACCACCUCCUCCCCCGCCACCCCCUCCUCCCCCUCAACCCCAACAGGUGCAGCUCCAAGUGCCCAUGGAUAUGCCCAUGUUCUCCCCAAUGAUGAUGCAGUCUGUCCAACACCCAGGCCUGACCCUCCAGAUGCCUACUAUGGAGUCGCUGACGUCUGAUCUCACGCAGCUGUGUCAGCAGCAGCUGGGUCUCGACCCGAACUUCCUCCGGCAGUCCCAGUUCAAGCGUCCACGGACACGCAUCACUGACGACCAACUGAAGAUCCUCAGAGCUCAUUUUGACAUCAACAACUCUCCCAAUGAAGAGCAAAUUCAGGAGAUGUCAGAGAAGUCCGGUCUGCCCCAGAAGGUCAUCAAGCACUGGUUCCGUAACACCCUCUUCAAAGAGCGGCAGCGAAGCAAAGACUCACCGUACAACUUCAGUAUCCCUCCCAUGACUACAUUGGAAGAUAUACGAAUUGAACCGCAGAUGAAUGCGCUGGAAUACUACAGAACGGAAUCAGGAAUGAACAAGAGGUCCUCCCGGACCCGGUUCACUGAUUAUCAACUGAGAGUGCUUCAAGAUUUCUUUGACACCAAUGCCUAUCCUAAGGAUGAUGAGAUCGAGCAGCUGUCUACUGUGCUCAACCUCCCAACUCGUGUUAUAGUUGUGUGGUUUCAGAACGCCCGCCAAAAAGCCCGGAAGAGCUAUGAGAACCAGGCGGAUUGUAAGGACAAUGAGAAGAAAGAGCUGACCAAUGAGCGAUACAUCAGAACCAGCAACAUGCAGUACCAGUGUAAAAAGUGCAACAUCGUGUUCCCACGUAUCUUUGACCUUAUCACCCACCAGAAAAAGCAGUGUUACAAGGAUGAGGAUGAGGAAGGCAGUGAGGAAAUUCCCAUUGUGGAAUUCUUAGACACCAUAGAACCGGGACCGGCAAGGAUGAAGCAAAUGACUCCAGAGCCGCCCAAGCAGCUCCAGGCUACUAUCACCAACUCUGGCUCAAUCUCCCCUCUGAUGCCGUCUCCCCGUCCCAGCAUGGGGAAGACCUCCCCUAAGCCUGAGAUGACCCCUGAGGUGAAACCCAAGCAGACUGAGAGCGCGCCCUCGCCAGUGGUGAAGACACUGUCAGAGCCAAGACCAUCGAAGGCCUCGACACCUCAACCUCCGCCGCCGAAGCCAACCCAGUCGCAGAUGUCAAGGCCCCAUUCUCAACCGCAGUCAGCUGCAGUACCCUCAAGCUCCCUCUCACUGGCCCUGUCCUCACUGACAAACAGCCUCCCUCACCAGAUGCUGCAGUACCAGUGUGAUCAGUGUAAGAUUGCAUUCCCCAGCAUGGAAUUGUGGCAAGAACACCAGCAUAUGCAUUUCCUCGCUGCUCAAAAUCAAUUUCUUCAUUCCCAGUUUCUGGAAAGGCCGCUUGAUAUGCCCUAUAUGAUAUUUGACCCCAAUAACCCACUGAUGGCUAGCCAACUGUUGGCUGGAGGCCUCUCACAGAUGCCUUCUCAAAGCAGUUCCGGCCCGUCCUCUACACUUGGUUCGGGGUCAAUGAAAAGGAAACUUGACGAGAAGGAAGAAAAUGCCAAUGACAAAGACGGUGGGAACAGUAGUGAAGAACAACACAGAGACAAACGUCUGAGAACCACCAUCACACCCGAACAACUGGAGGUUCUUUAUGACAAAUACCUACUGGACUCUAACCCAACCCGAAAGAUGCUGGACCAUAUUGCUAGGGAGGUGGGUCUCAAGAAGAGAGUUGUGCAAGUCUGGUUCCAGAACACCCGUGCCAGGGAGAGAAAAGGGCAGUUCAGAGCGAUUGGGCCAUCCCAGUCCCACAAGAAAUGCCCCUUUUGCAGAGCACUAUUUAAGGCAAAAUCAGCCCUCGAUAGUCACAUACGCUCUCGACACUGGCAUGAGGCUAAACAGGCAGGCUUCAGUUUGCCCCCAAGCCCAAUGAUGAAUCAAGACAAUGAAAGAGGCGAAAGCCCAAAUAAGUACAACUUCUUUGAAUACCCCCAACUCCCUACUAAGACGGAGCCAAGUGACUAUGAGCUGCCGGCCGCGUCCUCCACUCCCGUCAAACCAACUGAAACACAGUUAAAAAACUUCUCCAGCCCUUCAUCCUUGCGAGCAGAACCUUGUGAUGAAACUGACGGGCCCAAUAUGAUUUCUGCCGAGGCCUCCUCUUAUGACCUUAACAAGAUGGACUUUGAUGAGACCUCGUCGAUAAAUACCGCCAUGAGCGACGUCACCACUGGAGACGAGGGGAACAACAAUGAAGUUGAAAACCUAACGGCCAAUGGCAGCGACAAGCUGGGAGACAGCAAAAGCAAUGCUGCCCCGAGCUCCAAUGGCGAUGAUGACCGCUUCCAGUUCAGCAUGGUGAGCCCUGCUCUCAGCUUCUGUGCAAAAGACUACGACUCUUACUUUAACUCCACGGACGAUAUGGACGAACUGAACGACAGGAGCGAAUGCUCCAGCUUGACUGACCCCAGCUCCCCUAGUCCAUUCGGAGGGUCGAACCCCUUCAAGUCGGGAAAAGGAAGCUGCAGCGGGGACAGACCAGGCCACAAGCGCUUCAGGACCCAGAUGAGUAACCUGCAGCUGAAGGUUCUCAAGGCCUGCUUCAGCGACUACCGCACUCCGACCAUGCAGGAGUGCGAGAUGCUCGGCAACGAGAUCGGACUUCCCAAGCGCGUGGUCCAGGUGUGGUUCCAGAACGCCCGCGCCAAAGAGAAGAAGUUCAAGAUAAACAUCGGAAAGCCAUUCAUGAUAAGUCAAGGGUCACCCGAGGGGCCUCGGCCCGAGUGUACCCUGUGCUGCGUGAAGUACACCGCACGGAUGUCGGUGCGUGACCACAUCUUCUCCAAGCAGCACAUUGCCAAAGUGCAAGAAACCCUGGGGAACCAGGUGGACAGAGAAAAGGACUACCUAGCCCCGACCACUGUCCGUCAGCUGAUGGCACAGCAGGAGCUGGACCGUAUGAAGAAGGUUGGCGACGGACUCACUUUGCCUGGCCAGCAGAAGCAGAUGACGGUGGACAACAACAAUGCACUUCAUGGCCUCAGCCUGCCCUCCAGCUACCCAGGAAUAUCUGGCCUACCCCCAGUCCUGCUUCCUGGAGUGAACGGGCCCUCAUCGCUUCCUGUCUUUCCUCCCAACACCCCCGCUUUAGCGUCUCCCGGUGCUGGCAUGCUUGGGUUCCCUACACCAGCCACUCCCUCUCCUGCCAUGUCUCUCAGCACUACCCCAACCAAGACUCUUCUGCAGACUCCUCCUCCUCCUCCUCCUCCACCACCACCUCCACCUCCUCCUCCUCCUGUUCCCUCCACACCCCUGGCAGCAGUUAACCACACAGAGCAGCACGGUAAAGAAUCCGAGAGAGACCACGGCACCAAGAAGCCGGGAGACAGGCCCACGCAGACGAAGAACAAAGAGCGAGAGAACGAGGGUGGCUCGCAGCGCCCGGAGACCCCCAGCAUGGCCAAGAAGAGGGAGAGGAUGAGCGCCGCCGCGGCGAAGCAGAGCGAGGCGUCGCUGGACAUGGCUCAGCUGCAGGCACUGCAGAACGCCCUGGCGGCCAGUGACCCCAGCUCCUUCCUGGGGAACCAGUUCCUGCCCUAUUUCCUUCCCGGGUUCUCCAACUGCUUCUCGCCGCAGAUGCCGAGAGGGGUCCAAGGGGGCGGCUACUUCCCGCCGCUGUGCGGAAUGGAAAACCUGUUUCCGUACGGCCCGGCCGCGAUGCCGCAGGCCGCCGGCCUGUCCCCCACGGCGCUGCUGCAGCAGUACCAGCAGUACCAGCAGUCCCUCCAGGAUUCACUGCAGAAGCAGCAGCAGCAGCAGCAGCAGAAGCAGCUCGAGCAGCACCAGAAGCAGCAGCAGCAGCAGCACCACCACCACCAGAAGCAGCAGAAACCAACCCCUGUGAAGACAGCCCAGAGUGUGCAGAGCACCCCAGCCAGCAGCUCCUUCAAACCAAAAGUAGAAGCAAUGGAGACUAAGGAUGACACUAACAAAGGCUCUUCAACAGAAAGCACAAAGGAAGAACCGAAAAUAGAUACCAAAAGUACCGCCGAUUUUCCAGAUGCUUUUAUAGUACCGUCCGUCAAGCAUGAGUUUAUAUGCAGGAAGUGCCAGAUGAUUUUCGCUGACGAAGAUUCCGUGGUACGUCACCAGAAGUCCUUCUGUUACUUCGGACAUGCUUUUACCGACCCGCAAGAGACGGUGCUUCGAAAGGCAGUGAGCAAGUACACCUGUGUCGCCUGCAACGUGGUUGUUAAUGGGAACGAAGCACUUGGCCAACACCUUCAGUCGAGCAUGCACAAAGAGAAAACAAUCAAACAAGCAAUGAGAAAUGCCAAAGAGCAUACUAGAUUAUUACCUCACUCUGUCUGCUCCCCUACUCCUAACACCACAUCUACCUCGCAGUCUGCAGCUUCUUCUAAUAACACCUUUCCUCAUCUCUCUCGCUUGUCCAUGAAGUCCUGGCCAAAUGUCCUGUUCCAGGCCACCACAGCCCGGAAAGCUGCUUCCUCUUCCUCCCCGUCUGCCUCUCCUCCCCCCCCCCUUUCCUCACCUUCAACGGUUACCUCAACUUCCUGCAGCACCUCAGGGGUUCCAACCUCACUACCCACCGAGAGUUGUUCAGACGAGUCUGACAAUGAGCUAAGCCAGAAGCUGGAGGACUUAGAUAACGCGUUGGAGGUCAAGGCUAAGCCAACCUCUGGCCUAGACGCGAGCUUCAGUAGUAUAAGAAUGGAUAUGUUCAGUGUGUAGGAGUGAAAAAAAAGGAUCCCUUGCUUAUAGAAAAAAAUAAGACUUUUUAAACUGCAGUUCCAAAGUUUCUCUUAACCCAAAAAAUUACAGUACCAAAUGAUUGACUCAGGAUUGUUUUUCCCAUAUUGAUAUGCUGGCAAGAUAUUGAUUGAUUUUUGUUAUGGACAGAACUGUUGGAGAUGCUUGACUGAGCUUAUAUUGUAUACAAAAACAUGGAGUAGGAAAAAAAUCCCACAGGCUCCCUUGGGGGGGCUUGUUUCAAGCCAAAAACUCUCACGAUAGCAAAUUGCACCUCAGCUGGAUUGUUUUCCAAAUGCUAGCAUGUACUGUAUGGGAUGACGAUCCAGAACCCUCAAAGAGAAUCUCUCUUAGUUUAGAUAGGUGUAAUUCAGUAGCUUUAAAUUCUCAGGUCAGAACAUAACAUUUCUCAUUUGUUAAAGCAGCAAGCCUGGGUACACCUGGCUUAUAACCAAAACAUGUCAAGCUUUAUCUGACGCAUUUCCUUGAUGUGUAUAGAGUACCAAGAGACAAUAUAACUGUUACAAUGGACGAUGUGCAUAUCCUUUUAGUUUUUGACCUACAAAGACAGUAUGGUUUUGCCACUGAGGGAAUUUAGAAAGGUGACGUAAAUGUGUAUGAUGCCCCUGUGUUUGCCAGUUUGUAUUACAACAAACUGUAUCUAUUUCCCGCCCCCCCGCCCCGGCCCCCUUUUUUUCUUGUAGAGUAUACUAAUCUGUGCCAACUCUUACCUUCUCACCUUACCUCUGCUCACACCCUUUUCUGAAGAGGUAAUAAUUCUAGUUUUGAUAGACUCUUGAGGAUUAUGUGAAUAUAACAUGUUUCAUUUGUGAAUUGCUGUACUGUUAAGGUACCUGCUUGUGUCUGGACUAUAGUGCACUUAUUUUGUCUUUUUUUUUUUAAUUAUUGUUUGGGUAGAACAUUUGUUAAUUUAAUAGUUUUUUUUGUUUUUUUUCCUGUUUGUGUGUAUGUAUUUUUCAGUUAUAAUUAUUAUUUGUGUCUAUUGCAGCAGCAUAUUGGUCCAUUUGUUACAGGAUUGAUACCGAACUAUAGACCUAUUUAACAAUUGGUACAUCCAUGAAAGUAGUACUGUAUACUUGAAACUGUAAAGGUACAAGUUGGUCAUGAUAAAAAAAGAAAAAAAAAAAAGGUAUGAAUAUUUGCUCCAAGAUUGCAAAUAUGCUGCUUUAAAAAGGGGGACAACGGCAUUUGUUUUGUAUUGUUAAACAUGUUCACGUGCUUGUAGUACUCAACAACACAACAGUGUUAUACCUGUACCCUGCAUUCAGUGCAUAGGUCGCGAUCAUCCCACCAAUUCUCCAGGCACUUCUGCUGAUCUACCAUUCAAGUCAAUGUCCGGAUUUUUCCGCUUCUAGUGAUUUUCAGCAUUUCAAAGUAUUACCUAACAAAAUUUGCUGCUACUGUGUUUUAGUAGGAUAUAUAUAUUUUCUUUUCUUUCCCUUUUUUUUUUUUUUGCUUGCCAUGAAACUCAUCAUUAUCCAGUCAAAAAUACUGAUCCAUGAAUUGCUUUGCUUAGCUCUUUUUUAUUUUAUUUUAAUUUUAAUUUGCUGUGGAACUAAGAAUGUGAAAGCUGUCAAAGGGUGUUAAAUUUUUUACGAAUCACUUUCUAGUUUGGUAAUUAAAACCAAUGUGAUUCAUUCCAAAGUAACAGAAGGCUAUUUGUAUGAAAGAAAAAGGCUUGUGAACAAAGGAAGCUAAGCUGUUGUACAUAUUCGUAGUUGGCUGUGCAUGGUACAAAUUUAUUAAUAUGAAGAAAUGCAAAAAUGUAUUGCUUUUGGUAUUUCCUAUUCUGAGAUGAGCAAGUAGCAUGUAAUGCAACUGUUUGACAGGUUAAAUCAAAUCAUGCUUAGUUAUUGUUUCAAACGAUGAAAUCAACAUUUCCUCCUAUGUUUUAUUAUUGUACAGGUGUUUUUUUUUAUUUGUUCAAAGUUUAAAACAAAAUAUCAUUUUUUUUUAAUCUCUGUGUGAGCUUUUUAAAUGUUCUUAUUUGAAAUUUUUAGUAUUUUAACAUUUUACUUUAAUUCUGAAGACACUUUUCGAUUGUGUUUCAUAAGAGACAUCCUGGCCUACCAAGGUGCAAUUCUGCCAUUGUACAAACAUAAGCGACUGUCCUAAUUCCAAAGGCUUUCACAACUCUGGCUUUUUGCCUUUCCCCCCCACUCUGUGGCUCAGCAUCGAAAAGACUGAACUGUCGUGGCUAGCAUCAUGGGCUAAGAUGCUAGCAUUUGACAGGACGCUUCCCACACACAAGGACUGGUCAAAGCUAACAAACCAACAAAAAGGAUGGUCCACAAUAUAACUGUACAUAGAUAUUGCAACUGCACAGCAGCCAAAAAGAGAAAAAACAAAAAAACAAACUUUAAAAAAAAAUGGAUGGAUUGUUUCAUGUUUAUGGGGACAGCCUUCAAAAGGUUGAAAAUUGGAGUUCUUCUGGAUGUCAAAGGGAUUUUCACGGCGCAAUCUUAUCCUACACAAUAUGUACUCUUCAACAUCUGGGUUACAUAGGAAAUGCACCCUGAGGUUUUAAUAAGAAGAAGCCCCUAUGGCUAAAACUUUAAAUAAACUAAACCAAAAAUGUUAUUGAUGUUUUAUAUAUAGAGGGUAGUCGCAUUAGUUUUUGUUACUGUACUGUUUGAGGUCUCAACUGUACCGUAUCACGGUAAUAACAUGGUUUUGAAACCUUUUUUUUUAUUUUGUCACAGACCUGUUGUCAUAGUUGAAAUGACGUUUAUUGUAGAUGGUAUUUGAACAACUUCUGGAAAUAGUUCAUCAAGUAUGUUUGUUGCUCAUUGUUGUGAUACAUUAAAAACUGUAUCUGCAAA